AUGUCACGUCCAGAUUUAAAAAUAAUUGCUCAAUCAUUAUUAUACAAAAAUUGUUUGUUUACAAUAAAUGAACAAGAAGAUUGUAGGGAAACAGCAAGAAAUCUUGUUGAUUUUAUUGAAUAUUUAAGACUUAUUUUUGAUGAAAUAAAAUCUUUCUGUUCUCCAUAUAUUCUUCUACAAUCAAUAAUUGAACAAUCAGUAAAUAUAAAUAUAAAACAAGCAAUUGUUAUUGUGCUUAAACAAUAUCAAUUAUAUGAUUCAAAUAUUCCACAAAUACUGGAUAAAUUUUUUAUUGAAAAUCAAAAUGAAUUAAAUGAAAAAGAAGAUGAACUUUGUUUUGUUGAUUGUUUAAAGCAAGAAGCACAUGAUGAUAAACUUAUUUUUGAUAAUGAUGAUAUAUUUAAUCAUGCUUCUCGUUUAAUGUAUGCACUUAAACGAAAUGAUUUAAUAUUUAUUACUGGACACUGUGGCACAGCUAAAUCAAGUUUAAUACGUCUUGUUGAACGCACUAUUAAUAAACAAAUGAGUACAGUUAAUACUGAUUCUAUCGAAGAUGAACAACAAAAACUAGUUAUAAUAAAUAAAGUGUUUCCAAAUUCAUUUGAUGAAGAUCAAUUUUAUCAUACAAAGGAUAGUUUUAUUGAACAAUGGAAACGAUAUCAUGCAAUAACAGUCGCAACUGAUGUGACAUCGGAUCAACAUUGGAUUAUUCUUGACAUUGAUUCUCAUUCAAAUUGGUUAACACCAAAUAAAAUUCAAUAUAUUUACAAUGAACUUCAUUCAUUAUUAUCUCGCCACAACGGUUCAAUAAAAUUAUUAAUUGAAUGUGAUUUAUUACCAAAUGAAUUUUAUAAUAAUUGUUCAUUAUCUGAUAAAAUGUUUAUAUUAAAUCUUAAUAAAUUUCAAUCUCGAAUGAAAUUACUUCAAACAGCUGUAAGAAAUCUUGAAUUAAAACUGCAUUUAUUAGAUUCAACAUUAUCAUCGAUAAAAGAAUUUAUUAAUGAUAUUAUUGAACCUUAUAUUAAAUAUAUUGAAAAAGAACAUAUAUAUCAUACUCAUAUAAAUAAUUUUACUGAUUCAUUUAUUAAAAUUCUUUCAGCUUUUAUUGAACAACAUUUAAUUGAUGUUCAACAUAAUCAUGAUGCACUUAAUUAUAUAUUUGCUUAUUGUUUUAUAUGGGCUUAUGUUCAUCCAAUUCAUUUCAAAUAUGAAGAACAAAUUACGUCAUUUGUCCGACAACUUUUUAAAUCUUACGAUUUUCCUCCUAUGAAUUGUAAAUUAACUGAUUUAUAUCCUGAUUUAAAUGCAUCAUCAUCAGCUCGUUUUGUUCUUGUUCGAUCUUGGUUAAAAGCCCAUGAAAUAGCUUAUGAUUGUAUACCUGAAUUUGAAGGUGCCAUGCGUUUAAUGUCAAUGCUUAUAUCAAGUAAUUAUCCAUUAGGUAUUUAUAGUUAUGAACAAGGCUUUGGUAAAACAACAUUAAUGAAACGUUUAUUAGCUAAUAUAUCUCAUCUUCGUCUUGUUUCAACUGGUGAACAAAGAUCAUUAUUAUAUGAUGAAUUAUUUAAAUAUAAUUUACCUAUUUUAACUCAUGGAAAAUCAACGAAAGGAUCAAAAUUAGUUAUUUGGAUUGAGGAUGUUAAACAAGAAGAUACAGAAUUAAUUCGUUCAUGGAUUGAUGAAUAUUCUUCAUCAAAACAUCAAGAAUUAAAUAUUGUUUUAACUGGUCAAUCAUAUAAUUCAUAUUCACCACGUUUUUCCCGACAUUUUGUUCCAAUUAUAAUUCAUCAAUCAAUAUCAACUUUAAUCGGUUCUAUUUAUUCAAUACCAAUUAAAAACUGGUUAGAAGAAUUUUCUGUUGAUGCAAUUAGUCAUCCUAUUGAAUUAGCUCAUGCUUGUCUUUUAACAUUAGAAGAAAUAUUUGAUUUUUUACGACAACAUUUAAAUAAAAUAAAAUGGAAUUUACAUCAUGUUGAAUCUCUUAUUAAUGGAAUGUUACUAUUAGAUGGAAAAGUUAAACGUGGUGCUUUAGGAACUCAUAGAGAAUUAACUAAAGUAACAGCAAGAUUCAAUAAAAAGAAACAACAAGAAGAACAAGUUGCUACUAUUGUUCGAUUGUUAUGUCAUGAACUUUCAAGAACUAUACUUGAUCGUUUAACAAAUACAAAAGAUCGUGUUCUGUUUCAAGAUUUUCUUUAUAAAACAAUUGUAGUCAAUUUUUGUACUGAAUUAGAAUUUCAUAUUGUUUCAACAAAUGAAGGAGAAACAAAUAUUAAUUCUCAGAGUGACCAUCCAACUAUUCCAUUGAUUGCAGCUCCAGCAACAGGUGGAAAGAAACAAGUUAAAUUUAAACUAGGUCUUGUUAGUGAUCGAGCAGCAUUAGCUUCAUUAGACGGACCUAUUGUUCCAUUUGGAAAAUUAGUUGGUCUACCUAAAAUAAAAGAUCCUUCAAAAGUAACAAAUUCUGAUGUAAUUAUUGAAAAGUUAAGUAAAUUCACUUAUUUUUCAAAACAAAUUCUUCCAAUGCAUGGUGAUUAUAUUGGUGAUCGUGAUUCUUUUACAAAUCAAUAUCAAGAAUCUGAUGAUAUACAAAUAAGUGCAGCACUUCGUUCAUGUCAAUCACGAAUGAGUAAAUUAGUACAUAUGGAUUUAUCAUUUAUUCCUUGUACAUGUCGUCAUAUAACAAAUCUUGUUCGAGUUUUUUGUUUACCACAAAAUGGUCAUGCAUUACUUCGUACUAAUAAUAUUGGAUUAGGUCGUCAAGAUUUAGUUCAAUUAUCUGCUUAUAUAGCUCGACAACAAUUUUUUGAUGCACAUAGUUCAGUACCAUUAAUUGAUGAAAAUGAAUCAGUUAAACAAUGUCUUCGAUCAAGUUGUCUUUUGGCUGGAUUAAAACAAAAAAAUGUUGUUGUACUUGUACGAGAAAAUUUUCUUUCUGAUCAAAUGAUAAAACAAUUAUAUAUAUUUACAUGUGAAGGAACAUAUCCAGGUCUUUAUUCAAAUGAAGAACUUAUUAGAAUUGCUGCUGCACUUUCACCUAGUUUACCAACAACACGUCGAGUUAUGAAAACAAAUGCAGUUUUAAAAACAUUUUAUGCUAGACUUAGAAAACGACUUCAUUUAGUUAUACUUGAAAAUAGUCAACAACCUCGACAUGUCGGUUUAUUGUCUUCAUGCUAUGUUGAUGAAUAUCAAAACUGGACAAUUGAUGAAAUCAUGUCAAUUGCUCAAUAUUGGAUGACAAAUAAAAUUGAUAUUUCACAUCCAAUUGAAUCAACAUCAAUAUUUAAUACAGUUUCUCAAGCAUUAGCUGAGACUUAUUUAUCUAUGAAUGAAUAUGAAUCGUUUACUUUAAGAAGUGUUCGAAAAGCUAUUGAAUUUUUCUUUAAAUUUUAUCAACAUAUUCAACAAAAAGAAGAAAUUCGUUUAUCUCGUUGUGAAUCCAUGCUUAAUCGUAGUAAUAAAUCUGAACGUAUCAUUGAAAUGAAUAAUCGAUUAUGUAUUCAACUUCAAAAUGAAAUUGAUGAUUUACAAGAAAAAUUAUCUAAAUUAGAUGCGGAAUUUUUAAUAAAAAAACAAAAUUUUUCUACAGCUGUAGAUGAUUGUCGUGAAGAAGAAAAAUUACUUAAUGAAAUGAGUAUUGCAUUAGAUCGUCUUCGUCAAGAUGUUCAAGCUGAUGUUGAUAAAGCCAAUCCACAAUAUGAAAAUGCAUUAAAUGCAUUAAAAAUGUUAAAUAAAGCUGAUUAUGAUGAAAUUCGAACAUUUCGACAACCACCUCAACCUGUACUUGCUGUUAUGAAUACAAUUUGUAUUAUGUUUAAACGAAAACCUGAAUGGUCUGAGGCGAAAAUUUUAAUGGUUAAAGAAAACUUUUUUGAUGAUCUUGUUUUUUAUGAUAAAGAUAAUAUAUCUGAUGAUAUUUUUAAUAUGUUAACAAAAAUUCUUAAAUUCGAUACAUUUCAUCCAUCAUUUGUUACAUCUUCUUCUAAAGCAGCAUCGAGCCUUUGUGCAUGGAUUCUUGCUGUUUAUGAAUAUGCAAAGAUUGCACGAUCACAAAAAACAAAACUUGAACAAGUUAAAGCUUAUCAAGAACUGUAUAAUAAGCGUCAACAAAUCCUAGGCGAAAAACGUAUUCGAGCUGAAAAAUUACGACAAGAAUUAUCUCAAUUAAUAUUUGAGCGUCGUUCUCUAUCUACGGAAAUACAAUCAAAGAAAAAACGACAAAAUAGUUUUCAAUCUACAAUUGAUAAAACACGUUCAAUGCUUAAAUUAAUUGAUGAUGAUAUUCAACAUUGGCAAAAACAAGUUGAUCAAGGAAAAUCAAAUAAAAAAACAUCAAUUACUGAUGCACUUCUUGUUGCUCUUUAUUUUUCUUAUUUAUCACAAUUUAAUAUUGAUCAACGUCAACAAUUAUUAUUUAAUUGGCAAACAAAUAUUUUAGAAAAAAUCUUACCCAUACAAUCUCAUUUUAAUCCACUUGAUCUUAUUAUUAAUCAAAAAGAGUUAAAUGAUUAUUUAUUAAAACAAGAAUUAUCAUCAAUAGCUGAUCAAAAUUCACUUUUGAAUGGAAUUAAUUUAAGUAAUCAACUUGAUAAUACAUUAGUUUUAUUUAUUAAUAAUCCAGAAGAUGAUAUAUCUACAUGGAAUGAUUUAUUAACUAAUUUUAAAAAUACAUAUGUUGAAAGAGCUAAUCAUGAAAUUGAAUUAUAUCAUGAAUAUAAACAAAAUCAAAUUAAUAUGCCAUCAGCUGAUACUAGAGCUGGAAGUCUUCAAGAUCGAACACAACUUUAUUCGCGUAUUAGUUCAAGUAAAACAUAUAUUACUGAAAUAACUGAAAAAUCUUCACUUUGGGAAUCAUCAACGGUUAUGUCAAGACCAGCUACUUCAAUGCUUUUAUCAAAAUCAGCCGGAUCAGUUGCUUUAUCUGAUUUAGAAAAAAAUAAACAUUUAGUUUCAAUACCUGAAUUUUCUCUUGAACAAUAUCAAAGACCAGAAAAUAAUAUUAUUCAUUUAUCUGGAAAACAAACAGAAGAUUUUGAUAAAGAUUUAUUAACUGCUAUGUUUUUUGGUGUAAUUGCUAUAAUUGAUGAAUGUGAUUUUUUAAAAUUAAAUCCAUUUUUAUAUCGAUUUCUUUGUUGGUCAUCAAGACGAGAACAAUAUCCAUUAACAUUUCCAAAUUUAUAUCGUUUUGGUGAUCAAGAAAUCUUUAUUAAUUCAUCAUUUCGUUUAAUAUUUAAUUUUCGUCAAAUUAAUCGAAUACAAUGGAAAAAUGUCUCGUUAAAUAGUCGUUUAAUUGAUAUGAGUUUAAGUUUAAAUAAAAUUGAAAAUGAUCUUUGGCUUCGUCUUGUUGAAUUAAAAUGUCAAAAUAAUAUAAUUCAACAAAUUCGUUCAAAUCAACGAAAUUAUUUAAUUGCAUCAAAUGAAAAAUUUCAACGACGAGAAAAAUUAAUUGAUAUACUUGAAACAAAAGAAAAUUUAACAAUUGAUUCUGAAGAUUUAUUAAAAAUAUUAAAUAAUUUUCAUAAUGAUGGAGUAGCAAUUGACAAUUCUCUUAAUGAACAUCAAGUUCAACGUGAAAUGUUAUGUUUAAGAACAGGUUGUGAAGCAUAUAGAGAAACAGCUAAAGAUUUAACACAACUUUAUAUAUUAAUAAGAGAUUCAAAUAUUGAAUUUAAAAUUCCAAUAAAAUGGUUUAUGCAAAUUGUAACAAAUAAUUUAUCACGAAGAAUUGAAAUAAAUUCCAAUACAACGAAUGAUAGUUUAGAUAUGAUUAAUAAAGUUCAUGCAAGAGAAACUUAUCUUCGUUGUUUUGAAUCAAUUUAUUCUUAUAUAUCAUCAACUAUGUCAAAUGAUUAUCUUCAAUGUUUUCUUAUUAUAUUUGCAUUUAUUAAACAAGAUAAUAUUGAAAAUUUUAAAUUAUUUCAAUUUAUUAUUAAUAAAUUAAAUCGAAUUAAUCAAAAAAUAAUUCCAAAUUUUCUUGAUGAUCAAAAAAGACCAUCAUUUAUAAAUAGUCAUUCAUGGUUAUUAUGUAUAUCGGAUGAAAUUAAUAAAAAAUAUCCAAAUUUAUCUCAACAUUUAAUUGAUUAUCAACAUGAAUGGGAAGAAUAUUUGUAUUCAACAACUAAACUUGAUUUUAUUAAUAAAUCUCCAUUAGAAAAAACAAUAACAAUUAGUAUUAUUGAUCGAUUUAUUCUUUCGAUUAUUUUACAACCUGAAAAAAUUUUUGAAUUAACUCGUACAUUCUUGGUUUAUCAUUAUGGUGGUCUUCUUCGUGAUAAAUCAUUAUCACCUAUUGGUGAUGUCUAUCAAAUAACAAGUAGUGAGAUUCUUAAACCGAUGAAUAAUAUAAUCCUUGUUUGGACAAGUUCAUCUGCUUUUGUUGAUCCAAUUGAUGAAAUUCGUAUAUUAGCCAAUAAAAUGAAACAAUCUCUUCGACUUGUUUCAUCAGUUGAUAAAAAACGUUUAAAUCGUUUUAUUCAAAGUAAAAAAGAUUUUUGGUUAAUUAUAACAGAUAUUCAUUUAUUCAAUGAUGAUCUUUUACAAAUUCGAGACUUUAUUUUAUCAUCAAUUGAUAAUAAAAUUUGGCUUGUUUGUGAUCCUUCAUAUUCAUCUAAUGUUCCUCUAUGGUUAACUCAACGAUGUUUACAAGUUUAUUUAAGUGAUUCAACUCAAUCAUCUCUUAAUCUUCGUUUACAACAAAAAAAUUUAUCAGAAAAAAAAUUUACAAAUUUCGAAAAACAAAUGGAACAAAUUACUAAUAUUCAUAGUUAUAUAAUAACAAAAAAAGUUUUUUCAAAUAAUUCAAUGAAUUUUACAGAAAAUGAUUUUUAUAUUGAUUUAAAACAUUGUUUUGAAACAAAUCAAAUAACAAUGAUUGAUUAUAGAAAUUAUAUUCAAUAUGAAGAUGAACAAAUAUUUAUUAAUUAUAUAAAACAAAGUAUUGAUCCAUUAAAUCUAGUUAAAUUAAUAGCUGAUCCAUUGCAAUCAAUGAAUAAUGAUUUAUUCUCGAUAUUUGAACGUUUAUUUGAAAAAAUAAUUUUAUCAAAUGAAAAAAAUAUUUCAACGAAAGAAGAUGAUAUGCUUCUUGCUGAAUCAAUUGUUCGUAGUUAUUUAACGCAUUUUCGUUCGAUUUAUUCUUCUCAACAUCAUUCAAUAUGUUCAUCUUUAAUUGAUUUAUUUAUUAAUUUUGAAUAUCAUUUAUUAGAAUCUUUACAAAAUAAUUUAUGUCAUCAAAUGGAAUAUUUAUUAGAAGUUUUUGCUGGCAUUGAUAUUUCUUUAUCAAAUACAGAUUCAUUUAUUCAUUCAAUUUUAUAUGAAUCGAAUUCUAAUAUUAAACAUUUUGUUGCAAAUUAUGGUUUAGCUUUGAAAAAUCUUGGUGAAAUGAAAUCAAAUAAUGUUAAUCUGAGAUUUAUUCGAAGACGAAAACAAUUUAUUCAAAUAAUGCGUCUUGAACAAGCUCGAAAACAAGAUGAUGAUCUUGUCUUUCAUUUGAAAUAUGAUGGAAAAACAGAAACAACUAAUGUUAUCACUUUAUCAGGUGUUCAUUCAACAUCAAAUAUUAACAAAAAAGAUGUUAUUAUUUAUCUUGAUGAAACAUCUUCGAAUGAUACAAGUCUAAUAUCGACUAUUACAUUGAAUACGAAUGAUAAAAAUACUCCAUGUUAUCUUCCAGUUGUUCAUGGUGAUACAAAAGAUAAACCUGAGCUGAUUAUUUUUUUGUCCAUUGAUAAACCUUAUCUUUAA